UACUUUGUUGUGUUGCAAUAAGGCGAGCGUGGAAGCCAAAGCCCGGCCCCAUUAUUAUCUGCAUAUCCACGCGUGGAAGGAAGAGGGUGGAGAAGGAGGAGGAGGAGGAGGACGACGAGAAGGCGUGCACCUCUCCCCAAGGCUUUCCUUACCUGUCUGGCGUCAGGACACUAUGGAGUUAAUUUAAAAGAAAGGUGCACAAGGGAAUACUUAAUUAGAGCAAAAAGGGGGACAGGACGGAGCAAGAAAUCCAAUCUCCUUUUGGAGACGUCCACCAGCUCAUCUCACCUGCUGCUUUUUUUAUUUUAUAAUUUUUUUUUUUUUGGAACCGGCGGACCGCACCAUGGACUGCACCCAGGGGACGGUUCCACACGAGCUCGGUGCAGCGGGAUAGAGUCACCAUGCGUGCAUGUGGAAGGGUUAGUUAGUUAGUUUGUUCGUGACUUAAGUUCGAAGGCCUUCAUUGUGGGGUUCGCGGGAGUAAGGGGGCGGGCGGGGGGAGCAAGUCGCUUCGUGCUUACGCAUCCAGUACGUACAGUGCAUGGCCCACGGACGGAGUGGCAACGACCAUGCACGAGCCCCUCCGAACCUGGACCCUGUACCCCGUGUUCCUGUACUUGGGCAUCAUCUACCUCUGGCUCGGGGCACUGUCCUCCGUGGUGGCUCUGGGCGCCAACAUCAUCUGCAACAAGAUUCCCGGGCUGGCACCUCGUCAGCGGGCUAUCUGCCAGAGCCGCCCGGACGCCAUCAUUGUUGUGGGCGAGGGCGCCCAGAUGGGCAUCAAUGAGUGUCAAUAUCAGUUCCGCUACGGACGCUGGAACUGUUCGGCGCUGGGGGAGAGGACUGUCUUUGGUCAGGAGCUGCGUGUAGGCAGCCGGGAAGCGGCGUUCACCUACGCCAUCACGGCAGCGGGCGUGGCCCACGCCAUCACGGCGGCGUGCAGCCAAGGCAACCUGAGCCAGUGCGGCUGCGACCGGGAGAAGCAGGGCUACUACAAUCAAGAGGAGGGCUGGAAGUGGGGCGGCUGCUCGGCCGACAUCAAGUACGGCAUCGAGUUCUCCCGCCGGUUCGUCGACGCCCGCGAGAUUAAGAAGACCCCACGCCGCCUGAUGAACCUGCACAACAAUGAGGCGGGGAGAAAGGUUCUAGAAGAAAGGAUGAAGCUGGAAUGCAAGUGCCACGGCGUCUCGGGCUCUUGCACCACCAAGACAUGUUGGACGACGCUCCCCAAGUUCCGGGAGAUCGGCUACGUGCUCAAGGACAAGUACAACGAAGCCGUGCACGUGGAGGUGAUGCGGGCCAACCGCCUGCGCCAGCCCAGCCACCUGAAGGUGAAGCAGACUCAGGGCUACCGCAAGCCCAUGGACACGGACCUCGUGUACAUUGACAGGUCGCCCAACUACUGCGAGGAGGACGCGGCCACGGGCAGCGUGGGCACCCAGGGCCGCCUGUGCAACCGCACCUCGCCGCACACGGACGGCUGCGACCUCAUGUGCUGCGGGCGAGGCUACAACACGCACCAGUAUACCAAAGUGUGGCAGUGCAACUGCAAGUUCCAGUGGUGCUGCUUCGUCAAGUGCAACACGUGCAGCGAGCGGACCGAGGUGUUCACCUGCAAGUAAAGGACCAGGAGGCCCGAUCGGGACCAUUGACAGAUUUUUGCCAUUGACGCGAUCGGCUCCUCACGGCAUCGUUUUGCACACAUGAAUCUUUACGUUGCUUUUCACAGAGUCAAAUGCAAACUCCCAGGAUGCGACUUCAUGCGAGGAGUGACUGCAAGAUGAGGGACAGUCCAUCCCCUCCCCCCUUCCUGUCCCCACACCCCAAAGGUGAGAAGUGCACUUGGGGAUUUUCAACACCCACCAGAGCCUCACGAAUGGCAAAGAGCCAUUCGUCAAUGAGCGAAAACCUCAGUGGGUUUUUUUUUUUUUCUUUGAGCGCUGAAGUGGACGUGGAUGACCCUGGGGCGCACAUUGGGACAUAUUUUUGAAAGCAAGGUGCGUUGAGGUGUACCAAAAAAAAAACAACAACCAUAUAUAUCAUAUAUAUGUAUAUAUAUAUAUAUAUAUAUAUAUAUAUAUAUAUAUAUAUAUAUAUAUAUAUAUAUAUAUAUAUGUAUGUAUAUGUGAGCAGAGAACUCUGUGGAAGCCUCUGCUACCAACUGGAAUAAGGUGGAGUUAAUGUUAGUCUUCCAGUCACACUGGAACUGUCUGUACUGAACACUGAAAAAUAAAUUGUUUAUUUAUGUAAUAGUAUCUUUAAAAAAAACAAAACAAAAAAUAAAGCACUAACGGGUAGAGAUGUCUCUUUUUUUUUUGUACUAAGUGUAAAGAAAGUACUUUAGGAGCUUUGACUGAAGCUGUAUGUCUCUUAAGAUCACACCCCCAUUUGACCCUUUAACACCUCAUCUUCUCUUGUUAAAAAGAGCAUCGCCUAAAAACAUGUCCGACGUUCCCAAUGCUUUGGCUCUAUUUAAAGUGUUGCAUCAUGUGUUUUGUUCACGCGCCGUUGCUGGCGUGCAGCGACGUCUUGUUGGAUGUUGGAGCGGCGGGAAUGUUCCUGGAAAGCUGGAUGUUGUUGUCGAGUGCUGCACUGAUACUUUCUCUUCAGUCGUGCGAAAUAAAAGUCCCCCUUUUGAAAAGUG